UAGAGUUUUAUACCCAUUAUACCCAUUCUCUGCAAUGGGAAACUGCUUCGUUAAGCGCGAGGCUUUGCCCAAUAAUUGUCCAGCAAUCUACCCAGAUGCACAGGGCCUUUUUUCUUCUUCUGAAGGUAGUUUUGAGCCAUUGGAGACAUAUGAAACUCAUGUUUCUUCAAGCUUGGAUUUUAAUGGCGGCACUUGUUCUUCAAGCAAAGAUUUGUCUGUCCCCUGUUCCUGCUCUGUGAAUUAUGCCCAGAUCGACCAUGAUUCUGUGAUCAUGAAAACUGCAAUUCAAGAGGAAGUAAGUGUAGGAGGAUCUGUAAAAGAGCGAUCUUGCAAGCUCGCUAAUCUUCUAGAGAAGUCAUUUGUUGAGAACGAUCAUCCUCCCAUGGAGCUGGUUACAGCCAGGUUCAGUCCCAUUCUGUUGUCUCCACUCAGAAAGCCCAGUGGAAAAAGUUCCAGUGUGGGAUUGGAAGUUCCUGUGCAUUCAAAGUCUGAAAGCCCUCGUACCAAAUUUGUCGGACUGAUUAUGAACCAUCUUGGGAAGAGUCUGAGCUCUGUUAGGAGCAACAGUGUAAGAAGCAGCAGCAGCAGCAGUAAAGUUGAUUCUUUUAACUCUGAGAUGAUCUUUAAUGCUAACGCUGGAGAUGGGAUUUCAGGGGCCCGGAAUCCAAAGGACUCGCCCAAUUUUUCUUCAAUUUUUAGUCAGAUCAGUAUUGAAAAAAACUGUCAAUCCCGCUCAUCAGGUCUGUGCAGAUCAUACAGUCUAGCAGUAGAAGGUGAGAAGGCAUUUGGUUCUCCUUUAUCGGUUGAGAGCAAUAAUUUAUGGGAGAAAACAAGAGAAUGCUCACCAUUUGAUGAAUUCAGUGACUCAAGCUCUGACCUCUUCGAUAUAGAUUUCCUAAAGCCUGACCGUGUUGCAGGUGUCACAUUUUCUGUGCACUGAAAAAAUUCGCACUGCACAAUUUCCAGGAGAAAUAAUUUUAUGUAUGUUUAGAACAUAUAUAAAUGUUUUGGUCACUUGCAUUUGUAGAUUUAUAAUUAGUACUAGUGUUUGUUUGAUUACGUCA